AUGAAGGUGGCCGAGCCUUCCAAAUCGAGUAUCGAUGAUGACGUGGACGUAGAUGGGUCCGAUGACAAGAUUGACGAGGAGUUCAACAUAUGGAAGAAAAACACGCCAUUUCUCUACGAUAUGGUCAUCUCUCACACCAUGGAGUGGCCCUCGUUGACCGUUGAAUGGCUUCCUGUCAAACCGGCCUUCGAUAAGGCCAGCGACUACUCCACCCACAAAAUGAUCCUUGGCACGCACACUUCCAAUGGGGAUCAGAAUUACCUCAUGAUAGGGCAAGUGAAGGUCCCACAGCAGUCCAAGGAAGAGGUGGACAUCGACAAGUACAUUGAGACUCCUGAGUCUGGGGCUGCUUUGGCCGCUAGUAAGGACCGUAUGUGUAUAUCCACCAAGAUUAAUCACCCCGGGGAAGUGAACAGGGCCAAGUACUGUCCCCAAAAUCCUUUCAUCAUCGCCACCUUGACCAACAUCGGCAACAUAUUACUUUUUGACUACUCUAAGCAUCCUUGCCAUCCCAAGAAGGAGGGCGUCAUAGACUCCCUAUGCACCCUUAAGGGCCACACCGCUGAGGGAUACGCCUUGUCCUGGAGCCCAACCGUACCGGGCCGAUUGGUCUCAGGAGCCUACGACUGCAAGGUGGCAGUCUGGGAUGCCAAUAAUGUCCCCAAAGGCGGCGAAGGUGCUGGCCCUGUGAGUGUCCUCGCCGGCCACACUGAUGCGGUCGAGGCCGUGUCCACUCAUCGUCGUGAUGGAGACAUUCUGGCCUCCACUGGUGAUGAUGGACGGCUCCUAAUAUGGGACCUAAGGUCACCCACCCAGCCAGCUCAUAGGGUCGUGGCUAUUGAAGGGGAGUCUGACUGUAACUGCGUCCAGUUCUCCCCUCACAAUGAUAAUAUGCUCGCUACGGCUGGUAGUGAUAAGACAGUAAGCCUGUGGGAUAUGCGACUAAUUUCACGGAAGGUCCACGCCUUAGAGCAUGGCCAUAAGGAGGACGUAUUGAACAUAGAGUGGAACCCCACCACUGACCACUUGAUCAUGUCUGCUGGCCUCGAUCGUCGAGUCACAGUAUGGGACCUCUCCCGAGUAGGGGAGGAAAUUGAGGACGGCAGCGACAUGGAUGGACCCCCUGAGAUGGUCUUCGUCCAUGGUGGCCAUUGCUCUCGAGUUACCGACAUCAGUUGGAACCCCUUCGAGCCCACUCUGGUAGCUAGCACUUCUGAGGACAACAUAGUGCAGGUCUGGAAGCCGAAUGAGGGCAUCCUGUCCACUGAUGAGGAGGACGAGGAGACCAAUAGUGGUGAUGAUGAAGCCAUGUCUGACGUGGAAUGA